CAGCUUUGGGUGCUGGCGUGCCGAAGAAGUGACCGCAGCAGGCAGCCCCUGUGACCAGCAACCAUGACGGACCAGCAGGCGGAGGCCCGGUCCUACCUCAGCGAGGAGAUGAUCGCUGAGUUCAAGGCCGCCUUUGACAUGUUUGACGCUGAUGGUGGUGGGGACAUCAGUGUCAAGGAGUUGGGCACUGUGAUGAGGAUGCUGGGCCAGACCCCCACCAAAGAGGAGCUGGACGCCAUCAUUGAGGAGGUGGACGAGGAUGGCAGCGGCACCAUCGACUUUGAGGAGUUCUUGGUCAUGAUGGUGCGCCAGAUGAAAGAGGACGCCAAGGGGAAGAGCGAGGAGGAGCUGGCUGAGUGUUUCCGCAUCUUCGACAGGAACGCAGACGGCUACAUUGACGCCGAGGAGCUGGCUGAGAUCUUCAGGGCCUCUGGGGAGCAUGUGACAGACGACGAGAUCGAAUCCCUGAUGAAGGACGGUGACAAGAACAACGACGGCCGCAUUGACUUUGACGAGUUCCUGAAGAUGAUGGAGGGCGUGCAGUAAGACGCCGGACUCGCCGGCGCCCGCCCGCGCCCCCUCGGGCACCCGC